CUGCAUACUUGCUGUAGCUGUAUUAUUUCAUAAUAUUUCAUAUUGACCAUUAUUAUUUGUUAUUAUUGCUAAACCAUUUAUCACAAAAAUAAUAUUUUAGUCAUUUUAGAAGAUUUUAAAUGAUUGAUAUUCUAUAUUUAUUCUCAUAAAAGUGUGAACUGCGUUGUGGUGUUAAAACUUAAUUACAAAUCGUCUUAAUAAAUUAUAUCAUCAUGAGCGACUGGAAUACAGUGACAAUAUUGAGAAAAAGGCCACCAAAGCCUUCAACCAUGAAAUCUGAACAGGCCAUCAACAAAGCUAGACGUGAGGGUGCAGUAAUUGAUACUCAAGUGAAAUGGGGUGCAGCAACUAACAAACAUCAAGUUACAACAAAAAAUACUGCAAAAUUGGAUCGGGAAACUGAGGAAUUAAAACAUGAAAAAGUCCCAAUUGAUUUAGGCCGUCUUAUACAACAAGGAAGACAAGCCAAAGGUUAUAAUCAAAAAGAACUGGCUACUAAAGUUAAUGAGAAACCGCAAGUAAUUCAAGAUUAUGAAGCUGGACGUGGAAUACCUAAUCAAUUAGUUAUUGGAAAAAUUGAAAAAGUGCUUUGUAUAAAGUUAAGAGGAAAAGAUCGUGGCCAAGCGCUUCUGCCCCCUAGCUCCAAGAAGUGACUGGCUUGGGGGAGUAUUAACUCAAGUGUCACUAAAUUCACAUUAAAUACUACUAAUUAUGCUUUAAAUAAAAAAAAUUGUUAUAAAAAAAAAAUUACCUUCUAUUUAAAUUUAUUUUACCUUUUUAUUAAGUUUAAUUUGGUAAUAAAAAUGGUGUAAUUACAUAUAAUUUUUUUUUUGUAAUAAACAUUUUCAUAUUCUAGCAUACUUUUAGUUUUCUGCGUAUCUUGUACUUUGGUAUUCUGUUUUAAAAUAAAAAUAAAUUUAAACUAUACUAAUA